UUGCCUGGGGUCCUUUCGAGCGGAGGGCCUCGGAAGCCGGCAAGAUGGCGGCGCCCGCGCUGAGGGCGUUCUUGCGCCGAGGGCGAGUGGGCCGAGGUUUCAGCACCAGCGUUGUUCUCCACAAGCUGGGGGUGCCGCUGGGACCAAUGCCUAAUGAAGAUAUUGACGUGAGUAAUUUGGACGCACUAGAAAAGUACCGGACCUUCACUCGUUAUUUCAAGGUGGCAGAAAAAGAAAGUCAAAAGCCUCAUUGGUGGCCAACCUACAAGAAACGCAGUACUCCACCGCAAGAUGAAGAGGCAAAGAUAAAUAUUGGCCUACCUUAUCCUCUGACAUCAUGGAAAAAUAAGCUUAAAGAGAGAAGAGCAAUAAGGGCACAAAACCUUAACAAUGUUGAACUGGAAAGAGCAUCCCGCCUUCGGAAAUUGUUGAUUCCACUUGAUGAUGUCAAAGCCGAAUGGGAGAGAACCAGUGGCCCUUAUCACAGACAGAGAAUAGCAGAACACUAUGGACUGUAUCGGGAUUUGUUUGAUGAUGCCACGUUUGUUCCCCGAGUUCUUUUAAGAGUGGAAUAUGACCAAGAUGAGGAAUAUGUUAUGCCAGUUUAUCACGGGAAUAUAAUUACACCCACAGAGGCUUAUAAUCCUCCCAAAAUUUCAUUUGAAGCUGAGGAAGGAUCUCUAUGGACCCUGUUGCUUACUAAUCUAGAUGGCCACUUGCGUGAUAGCAGUAUGGAGUAUGUUCACUGGUUGAUUGCAAACAUUCCUGGAAAUAACAUAGAGGCAGGUGAGGAGAUCUGCCAUUACUUUCCUGCAUUCCCUGCCAGAGGAACUGGAUACCAUCGGUAUGUCUUCCUCCUGUUCAAGCAGCUCCAGGCAGUUGAUUUCACUGAAGAUGUACGGCCAAAACCAUGUCACAGCCUGAAGAUGAGAACCUUCAAAACAUUUGACUUCUACAAGAAGCAUCAAAACAAUAUCACACCAGCAGGACUUUCAUUUUUCCAAUGUCACUGGGAUGAAUCUGUUACACGGGUCUUUCAUCACUUACUCAACAUGAAGGAACCAGUGUUUGACUUUGUGCGACCCCCCAAAUAUCAUCCCACACAGAAGAAGUUUCCACAUCGUCAGCCUCUGAGAUAUUUGGACAGGUACAGGGACAGUGAUGAGCCGACCUAUGGGAUUUACUGAGGUGUUCGGCGCUCUACUUUAAGAGAGGCACCCAGACAGAAGAUGCAAGAAGAAGCUCUGCCGGAGAUCAGUUCACGCCUGUGAUCAGGGAAUUGAAGUGCCAGACUCACUGUCAGACUGAGUUCAAAUCAGCAGUCAUUCUGGUUCAGCUUUUAAAAGGAAGAUACAACUGAGUUCUAACUUGUGUCUGUCUCAGAAGAUUUGUCAGAGAUGUCACUAAUAUAGCCAGUGAAGAAGCAGUCCAGCUGUACCAACAUGUCUAUGACAUUUAAGAAAUUGAGCUUCUGACUCAUUGUCAGAAGCAAUUUUUUUCUAAGCACAGUUAUGUUAAUGACCUGUUAAACCAUAUCUGCAAAGUGAAGUCAUCUAAUUGGAUCAGAUGAUACACAAAAUAUUUCAGAUUUAUUUGCUUAACACUGAAAUUCUGGGCUGUGCAUCCAUAAUUUUAAAGGUGUGAAUAAACAUGACUUUAAACACCA